GGAGGGAGCAUCUGGGGGCUAUUGCAGGCUAGCAUCUCUAUUGCUUCUUCCUGUGCCCUCCAGCCCCAGGCUGGCCACUUCCGAAGCCCCCGACCCCAUGGAGGAGUGGGACGUGCCCCAGAUGAAGAAGGAGGUCGAGAGCCUCAAGUACCAGCUGGCCUUCAAAAGGGAGAUGUCAUCCAAGACCAUCCCUGAGCUCCUCAAGUGGAUCGAGGAUGGGAUCCCCAAGGACCCCUUCCUGAACCCUGACCUCAUGAAGAACAACCCGUGGGUGGAGAAGGGCAAGUGUGCCAUCCUGUGAGACCCCCAC